AUGGAAUAUUUAGCAUACGGAAAAACAGGUUUAGAAAUCUCACGCCUCUGCUUCGGGGCAGGACAUCUCAACAACACCUGCGAAAACUACGAAGCCGGCGGCAAACUGAUGUUGAAAGCUCUGGACGAAGGGAUUACGUUCUGGGACACCGCCGAAGGUUACGGGAGUCAACCGCAUCUCGGAGAGGCAGUACGUCAAAUUUCCCGAGACGAGGUUGUCAUCCAAACCAAAACCGGUGCGAAAGAUUAUGAAGGUGCCAAAGCAAGCAUUACACGUUCUCUUCAGGAAAUGCAAACGGAUUACUUAGAUGUUCUAUUACUGCACGGCAUUUCCUCACCUGAAGAUUUAGUAUCGCGAGAGGGAGCACUCGACGCGUUCCGAGAAGCAAAAGCCACUGGCAAAAUCCGAGUCAUCGGCUGUUCCACGCAUAUCUAUACAGGUCCCGUGAUGGAUGCGGUGAUUGACCAUCCAGAACUUGAAGUCAUUUUGACGACAGCGAAUAAAGAGGGUAAGAUGUUAGAAGGCGGUCCCUUUGACCGACAUCUGGAAUACAUUGAGCGUGCUUAUUCGCUUGGUAAAGGUACUAGUAUCAUGAAGGUUAUCGUUGCCGGUAAUGUUCCAGAGGCAGAUAUGCCGGAAUGGAUCGAGUGGGGCUUUAACCUCGAAACGGCACAUGCGAUCAACCUCGGUAUCACUGAUUAUCGCCACAUCACGUUGGAUGUUGGACUCGCACGUGCGAGUGCGAGACGGCGUUUGAUACAAUAUAAAGCGGCUUAA